UCUCUCCAGCUAUUACUGUCAUUUUCAUAUGCCACUCUUCCACUAGAAUUUCAGUUGGAGCCGAAGCCGACUUCUCAUUUCCACACCUGCAUCUGCAGAUGUUCCCAACUGCCACCCGCGAGGAUGUCCUACUACCAGCAACCCCCUCAAGCCGAUGAUGACGGCCUCGCCUAUGGUGACGAUUAUGCUCGGUCUCGAGCUAGCGGCGAGCCUUCCCGAGAACGGUCCGCAAUUGGAGAUACCUUGAAAAAGUUCAAAUCAGGUUACGACAAAUUCAAGGCUCCGUCAUCGUCCACCCCAAACUAUGGCUACACAGAUCCAUUGACGUCUAACCAAGGCUAUUCUGCCCAGCAAAGUCUCAACACUGGUUAUCCUCAGCCUGGCCAGUCUGCAUAUCCUGGAGGACCCCCGGCUCAAACUCCCUCGCCCAGACCAGACCUAGGCACUCAACUCUUGAGCACCCUCCAUUCCACCGUUCACAACAUAGGCACAGACGUAGCCGGCAUAUUCGGUACCAAUCCUCCCAACACUUCUUCAGGUCAGGGCGGCUACAGUACUUUCUCCAACACUGGAGCCAAUGUCCAACCGCAAGGCCGCAAUCGUUUCGAAAGCUUUGCUCCCGAACGUCCCGGCACAGACGUCAAAUGGUAUGUCGAUGGCUGUAGCUAUUUCUGGGCCGUGAGUCAAGCCCUUGAAAGUGCAAGAGAGUCCAUCUGGAUUCUCGACUGGUGGCUUUCCCCCGAGCUCUACCUUCGCCGCCCUCCAUCCAAGAACGAGCAAUGGAGGCUCGAUCGAACCCUCCAACGUGCCGCCCAGCGUGGUGUGAAAGUCAACAUCAUUGUCUAUAAAGAAGUGACCCAGGCUUUGACUCUAUCCUCUGCUCAUACAAAGCACGAAUUGGAAAAGCUCUCCCCGAACAUCGCCGUCUUCCGACACCCCGACCAUCUUCCCGACGCUCAAACCGCCCAUUCUUCUCUUGUGUCCUCCCUGCAGAACCUCAAACUUGAUGCCGCCGGCGCUUCUAAGCUUGGCAGUGAUGCUUUGAAAGGACUGUAUGGGUUCCAUGACGAUGUUAUCCUGUACUGGGCCCAUCACGAGAAGCUUUGCUUAAUUGACGGUAGGAUUGCUUUCAUGGGCGGCCUUGAUCUCUGUUUCGGCAGAUGGGAUACCAAUCAACAUGCAAUUGCCGACGCCCAUCCCAAUAACGUCAACGAUGUCGUCUUUCCGGGGCAAGACUUUAACAAUGCCAGAGUCAUGGAUUUUAGUGAUGUCGCAAAUCCGUUCCAGAACAAGCUUGAUAGGACAAAGAGCUCUCGCAUGGGAUGGUCUGAUAUAGCUUUGAGCUUGCACGGUUCGUCUGUACAGGAUCUUCGUCGACAUUUCAUCGAUCGAUGGAACUUUAUCUACGAUGAAAAGUACGCUGUCCGCCGAGAUGCACGUUACAUACGCUUUGGGGGCAAUGCUCCGCUCUCUCAACCUGGUUUCUCGCAGCCCCCUCAGCCACAGGGACACCAGCAGCCUGGUGGACUGUUCCCUCCUCCUCCUGGCAGCCAACCCUACACACCACCAGCCUGGCAAAGCACAAGCAGUUCUCACACUCCCAACCCACAAGAGCAGCAUCAAAGUCAACAGUCGAUCAGCCCCAGCAAUACCGGUGGCCCGGCAGCCCAUUGGCAGGCACCUGCAGGGCAAUAUGGCAACCUUCCACCCCCACCACCGGGUGGGCCUCCAUCUGUGACGGCACCAUCCCAAGGUUUCUCGGGGUAUAAUCCUUCGACAAGCUCACAGCCACAGUUUCAGGGAAAUUCCCAGCCAGGGGCAAGUCCACCGCCUCAGUAUGGAGGAUACCAGCCAUCUUCAAGCCCUCAAGCUCAACCUCAAUCGUCAACCUAUGAUCAGGGAUUCAACAGUUCUCAACAGCCUUCGCCACAGCUGUAUCAAUACCAACCAAAUCAAGCUCCGAUAGGGCAACAAACCCGUGGGUUUGAUGACUUCAGCCCUGGACAGGAGAGUGAUCGAGGCUCAGUCAACGACCGUGGUUUGCGAGGAAAAUUCAACCAAUACCGCGAUGAAGGUUUACGCAUUGGCCAAGAAUUGUCCUCACUAGGGAACAUCGUGUCAGGAGGCGUGGAGCAGAAAUUUCAGCAGUACACUGGCAAGUAUUCUUCGACUACUGACAGCUACGGCCGUCCUCACAGCCCACGUCGGCCGGUGAUGACGACGCAAAUCCUCCGCAGCUCCAGCAAGUGGAGCAAUGGCACUCCACUUGAGACAUCGAUUCAGAACGCCUACAUCGAAGUCAUCCGAAACAGUCAGCAUUUUGUCUACAUUGAAAACCAAUUCUUCAUCACCGCAACCGGGGAUCAGCAGAAGCCUGUGAAGAAUUUGAUCGGGCAAGCCAUUGUCGAGCGAAUUCUGCGUGCAGCCAGAAACGGAGAGAAGUAUAAGAUCAUUGUCGUGAUUCCAGCAGUUCCCGCUUUUGCUGGCGACCUGCGAGACGAAGACUCCUUAGGCACUCGCGCCAUUAUGGAGUUUCAAUAUUUCAGCAUUAAUCGGGGUGGGCACUCGAUCAUGGAGAAGAUCGCACAAGCUGGCUUCAACCCAAUGGACUAUAUUCGAUUUUACAACCUGCGCAAUUACGAUCGAAUCAAUCGAAAUGUGCGCGUUGAACAACAAACACAUGUAGGGUAUGAGGAUGCACGGAAACAACACGACGAUGCGGUUGGUGCCGGGUACGGUCCAUAUGGUGAGCGGACCGGUGUCGCGCAGCCGGGCCAGGGAUCACAAUAUCAGCAGUAUCAAGCUGCCGCGCAGAGUGUCCCUGGAAGUGGACGUUGGGACAGCGUUUCCGAGUGCUACAUGCUAGGCGGGCAGGACAUUCGGUCAGUCCCUUGGGACGGUCCCGCCGAGGCAGAGCUGGACGCGUUUGUGAGCGAGGAACUCUAUAUCCAUUCCAAGACGCUGAUUGCCGAUGACCGAAUUGUGAUUUGUGGGUCGGCCAAUCUCAAUGAUCGCAGUCAACUGGGAUCGCACGACAGUGAAAUUGCCAUUCUGGUCAAUGACCCGACUCCUGUGCAGAGCUCCAUGUGUGGGCAGCCUUACCAAGUCAGCCAGUUUGCCGCAUCGUUGAGACGGCAAUUGUUCAGAAAGCACCUUGGCCUGAUUGCGCCGCAGAAUAUUGAGAGACCAGAUGCGAACUACGAGCCCGUUGGAAUUCCAAAUGGAUACGAUUGGGGAAGCCCUGAGGACAGGAUCGUGGCUGAUCCGCUUAGCGAUCCUCUUCAGAGUCUCUGGAACACUCGGGCGAGAACCAACACCGAGGUGUUUAGAAAGGCAUUUCGAGCAGUACCGGAUGACAACAUUCACUCCUGGGAUGAAUACAAGGAGUUUUAUGAAUUCUUCUUUCAAUCCAGGAGUGAGAAGUUUAACAACCAGGGCCAGAGCAAGAUGCCACCACGAGUCGAGUAUGGACAUGUUGUGCCUGGAGAUUUCCCAGGUGGUGUACACGAGCUCAAAGAACUGCUAAGCCAGGUCAAGGGAACGUUGGUGGAGAUGCCAUUGUGCUUCUUGCAGAAUGAAGAUAUUGCAAAGGAGGGGUUGACCUUGAAUGCCUUGACAGAGGAGAUUUAUACGUAGAGGGCAUGAUUGAAGUACAUGAUGACUGCCAUUGAAGACAUGAAUACGACGAUAUGCUGACGAUGCUGACGAUGAUGAUGAUUCCAUGUCUGACAUGAAGAUGAUUGCAUGCUUGUAUCUUCAAUUACAGUGCAUUUUUCAAGGCAGAUAGAUGCGUACUUAAGGUUUAUAGCGAUAGUUUGGAUCUGCCUGUACACGUGCCGCCUCAUAUAUUCAUCUCGAGGCUUGGCAUGGCUGUCAUCGCAUCUAUCUUGACUCUUUACUCCAGAUC